UUAAAAUUUCACCUUCCAAAAUGAACAAAACCCAUGGCACCAGCACCAUAGGAAGAGCACUGUAAUUAUGUGCCCUCACACUAUCGAUGUACGGUACAUAGAAACAUCGCAAACUUGUUUAUUUGAGCGGUGGUGGAACAGAUUAAUUAAUUAAACACUUCCCAUACGUUUUCUUUUGUAUACAAUAAAAUGGAUUGGAAUUGUAUUUCCAGUUCUGUUGUUUCUCGAUUUUUAUUUCUAAUUAUAGUUUAGUAUAUAAGUCUCAUAUCAAGGAAAAUGAAUUGUAUGUUAACAAUAAUUAUUAAUUUAAUAGGUUUUUAUCUUAAGAAAUAAAAUAUAAAUGAGAGAAAGAGAUGAUAGUGAAACAAUCAAUAUAGAUGGACCACUAAUUACUUUUUCAUAAACCUAGCUAAUUCCUGCCAUUUAUGAUAGGAAUUCUAAAUUUUUAAAUAUAGGCAAAAUAAAAUUUAUUUUCCAACCUUUUUCAUAUCAAGUACCUUAUCCCUAGCGUUUACCUGCUCAAAAUUCUUGGAUUGCUAGAUACCAUGGUAGUAUGCAAUUUUGGAAGGCUAGUGUAGCACUAUGGACCAUCCGGUGUGUGCAAGUUCAAAGCUGUCUGAUUGCUUGAUGCUGCCACCAUAGCCAAACAUGAUUUCCAAUGGUUCCUCAUUGCAGAAGACCUGCAAGCAUCUUGUUGCUGGUGAGCGGGUCGAUCCUCGCGAUUGCAGUUCUGGCCGUUGCGCCAUCGCCUCCUCUGCCAGCGAGUUCACCCCAUCUCCUCUAAGUUGGCAGCGCCCAGAGACCUCGUUGCCGCCUAGCGAGCUCGCCGUCAACUUGCGAGCUUGCUGCCGCUACGCGCCAUCGCCCCUGACCCUCGCACCAUCGCCUGCCCCCCCUCCCUCGCCUUCGCCCCUAAAUCCGGUUACCACGGCUAACCGAACCAAAAAUUGAUAACCAAUCGGUCAGUGGUCAGUUAGCCGUGGUUGUUUCAUGGUCGGUGGUCGGUAGCUGUGUGUGGGGUGUCUCGAUUUAACAUAUAAUCGAGUUUUUGAUUUUUGGUUAAACCAAAAUUGACCGGUCUCCACCCCUACUCCAGACUAGUGGCCCCGAGUUCACUUUAAGAAGGGAAGAUGCUGAAGGGAGUUAUCUGACAUAAAAAAAAUAGAUUGUAAGGAAGGGAGAGAAACUUUGACAAUUGACAAUGAGGCUUGUAACAUCUCUCAAACUGAAUUGGGUCCAAACUGAUUAAUCACAUGAGGCUUGAUUCACAAUAAAAUGUAAUAUCAAUUUCUGAUUAAUUCAAGACCCAUGUGUACUGUAGGGUCCAAACUUAAUUGUUAGACCACAUGUUUGGUAGAUAGUAGUUGGACAUGAGCUAGCACUACAACAAAACUGUGUUUUAGCGACAGUAACCAGACUUUUAGUGACUGUCAAAACCAUCGCUAAAAUAUUUAAUGACAACCAAUCAACAGUCACUGACCCCGCUGUCCUUAAGUUUUUUAGCGACGAUUUUGUUCGACCGCCGCGUCAACCAUCAGCAACUUUUUGUGACGCCUGUAACCGACACUAACUUUACAGGAAACCGUCGUUAAAUAAAUAUUUCAUAAAUAC